GCUCAUUGCCUUCUGGGAGUCGUGGUCGUCAGCCCGAGGUCGCUGCAGGGAGGACUACGUUUCCGAAAAAAGCGUGCAAAGCCCUCGCGCGCAUCCGCCGGAAGUAGUCUGCCACACGAGGUGCUGCGAGGGGGAGACGCCUGCCUGGUCGCAGUUGCCGGUUCGGUGGUCAUCGCAAUGCCCAAGGCCAAGGGGAAGACCAGGAGACAAAAAUUCGGUUACAAUGUUAACCGGAAGCGUCUGAACCGGAAUGCUCGACGGAAAGCAGCGCCACGGAUCGAGUGUUCCCACAUCCGACAUGCCUGGGACCACGCCAAAUCCGUGCGGCAGAACCUGGCCGAGAUGGGGUUGGCUGUGGACCCCAACAAGGCGGUGCCCCUCCGAAAGAGAAAGGUGAAGGCCAUGGAGGUGGACAUAGAGGAGAGGCCUAAGGAGCUUGUGCGGAAGCCCUAUGUGCUCAAUGACCUAGAGGCAGAAGCCAGCCUCCCAGAAAAGAAAGGAAACACACUGUCUCGAGACCUUAUUGACUAUGUGCGCUACAUGGUAGAGAAUCACGGGGAGGACUACAAGGCUAUGGCCCGGGACGAGAAGAAUUACUAUCAAGAUACCCCAAAACAGAUUCGGAAUAAGAUCAACGUCUAUAGGCGUUUUUACCCAGCGGAGUGGCAAACCUUCACUGAAUCUUUGCAGAAGAAUAAGAUGGAGGUUGAGUGAUUGGCUGAUACCUACCCUGGGGCUGAGGUCUCCUCCUGGACCAGAGAAGCUGGAAGCCAGGAUUUAAGGCAAAAAGGGGCAUGUGGCUAGAUGAGGUUGGUCAAAUCCCAUGGAAUCAAAAGGUUAUACACACAUGCAAAUAGACACACUCACAUUCCCUUCUCUGGGGAAGGAACUGUCUCCAAGAGGCUUCUGAGGGCCCUGAAAAAAGCCAGAACCUACUGUUUUCAGUGGGUGGUUUACAUACAGUCUGUACAUAAUAAAACAAAGCUAUUUUAUUUUUCUGAUGGUUAUAUGUUCCCCUCAUGGCCAAGUGCCAGGACUGCCCCUGUGAAAAUCAACUCAGGGUAGAGAGCCCAUCUAACCCUUUAUGUGCUGCAUUCCCACACCCUCUUAGGUGUGGCCUCCCUCCUCUUAUCCAUUUUGGUUCCAUUGUUUUGGUUUUGGUUCCAUUGUUCUGCCUUGGUUUCCUGCACAGCAUUCACCCUUCUACAGAAGCCUGCUGCUAACCCUGGAGUGCUUGGGCAAGGUCUAUCUCCCCAACACUAUAUCUUCAACUAUUACAAUACCAAAUCUCUCUCAUUUUUAAUGUUUCCCCCUCUAAUCUGGUUCUCACUGCUCUUCAAAAGAAUUGGGUGUUUUUACAUAGGUCAUUUCACAUAAAACCUUGUUAAGGUCUGUGGCUUUAUUUUACAGGUAAGGAGACUGAGGCUUGAUAGGUCAGUGUGAGGUUUGAAGUCAGGUUGGUCUAACAGCUAAGCCUGGGCUUUCACUUGCUAUCCUCCUCUUCAGUCCCAUACUGUCAGGGCAGGCUGGAAACUGACAAGGUCCCAGAAACCCCUCCUAUGGGACGUAGCUGGCUUAGCUCCUAACAGUGACUAACCCUUGUGAGCAGUGCACACAGCUUUUGGAAUCUAAUCUGCAGCUGAGUGUGUUUUUUGUUUCCUUCUUUAAAUAAGUAGGCUCCACGCCCAAUGUGGGGCUUGAAUUCAUGACCCUGAGAUAAAGAGUUAUAUGCUCUACCAACUGAGCCAGCCAGAUUCCCUGCUUGUGAGGGCUUUUAUUCAACCUCAGAACACAUCUUACACAGCAUUCCGAAUUCUGGCCUUUAAUAGCUGUCUGCUUGUUUCUUUAACCAAUUCAGGUGCCAAUUUUAGGAAGCCUUUCCUACUACUGUCACCCAUCCUGUUGUCCCUACACCCCAGACUUGCUUAGCAAUACAUACCAGUCAUAACUGCCUUUUCAUCUGCUUGAUGUCUCCUACCAGACUGGGCUUGAGUGCAGGCACCUUCCUUGGGAAUCCAGAGCUGAGCCCAAAGCAGCUGUUGGGGGAAUGUUCCAUCCUAACUUCUGGCUCCCAGGGAUGGGGCAGCCAGGUUUGGAUACCUCCCAAAAGAUUUGGAGUUAGGCCAAAACCCAUGUUCCUUACCACCUCACUUCCAGGUACACUGAAGGGCUAGGGCACUGGGAUUUGCUGUUGACAAAUGAUUGUGUCACUGGAAGUAUCCUACGACCACCCUCCUUACCUGCCCCUCACUGGAACUGUAAUACUCAAAAUCAGAAUUCAAAUAAAACAAUAUUUGAGUUUGGGGCAUCUAUUUUGUGCCUCAAGUA